CAGCAUGCAUUGCACGCAGUGACAUAACGUGCUUCAAAGCGGAAGAGCACUGUUAGCAUUCGGCUAAAAACACAGUCUGUUCAACUGAAAUAACGUUACUGAUAAAAAAUCUGCUCAGUCUGAUCUAUAAUCGAUUAAAGUUUAAUGGUCGACGAUCAGAACACAAGCAAUGGAUGAUAGCAAGAUGGUUGGUGGUAAAGUAAAGAAACCUGGUAAACGCGGGCGCAAACCUGCUAAGAUCGACCUGAAGGCCAAACUCGAGAGAAGCAGACAGAGCGCGCGCGAGUGUCGCGCCAGAAAGAAACUGCGUUACCAGUAUCUGGAGGAACUGGUUUCCAGUAAAGAGAGAGCCAUAUGUGCCCUGAGAGAGGAACUCGAGAUGUAUAAGCAGUGGUGUUUGGCGAUGGAUCAGGGCAAAAUCCCAUCUGAAAUCAAAGCUCUUUUAACCGGAGAUGAUCAGAAACCACCACAGAGCUCCGGCACCAAAACACCCAAGAAUGCCAAGUUCAGCUCCAGCCAGAACAAGACAACACAAUAAGUACACACAACACACACAACACAAGAUGCUGAGGUGUCAGAAGAUCUCCAAAGAUCCGUUCUGUUCUAGAGAACCAUAAACAGUAUUGCGUCUGUAUGUUUGUUUAAAGGAUAAUCUUUUUAUUCUUGUUAAAUAAGCUCUUCUUCAUGACCUACUGAUAAAAUGCAUACGAUCUGAUAGUCCAGAAUGAAAGUGGAGUUCAUUCUCAUUCAUCUAACAUUAGAUUUGUCAAAAUGUUUGUUUAGAUGUUGAUUUUGAAACUUUUCUGCUAUGAAAUUUAAUGGAGGUUUCAACAUUCACAAAUUCAAAGCAGAGAGGGAGAUGUAUGACAGAAUCUCUUUAGUGAUUGAGAUUAUAGGUGACACAACAUAAGACAUUAUAACACAUUUGUGUUGUCAAAAUCUCUUGAUUGGCUUUUUGCACUUUAAAAAAAUCAACGCAUAGCACUUAUUUUUGGCUCUUAGGGUUAUGUUUGGCUAACCCCAAAAAAUGGAGGCAGUUUUUCAAGAGGAAUGAUUGUUUGUUGGUUAAACUUUAAUUUAUUUCACUAACUGAACCUUAAAUGCACUUUCUUUGAAAUCUCUUAUAUUAUUCUGCUCCUAGUUUAUGAUCUGUAUAUUGUCUUGUAAACCAAAAUAGAGAGAGAAGUUUCUUUUCUCAUCUAGAAAGCCUUAGUUGAAUGUUAUUGAAUCAGUAUUGAUGUUUUUAGUCUUGUUUAAGCCUCACUUUCAUUGUUUCAAAUGUGUUCACUUUCAAAACUUUAUUAACCCUGAAUUCAUGAUGUAGAUCAUGUAGACGUUUUUUUUUUCUUUCGCCAGCACAAUCUUUAGGCUUCGGCAUAGUUUAGAGUAUAUUUUUAUACGACAUGCAUGAAAUGUAGACUUUCAUUUGUUGCAGAACAUUAAUGCGAUCGAGCGUUAUUAACGUCGUCCUUUUAACACUGUUGCUCUGCAGUUAUUUUGUGAUCUUGUAUAUCUGUGUAUAAUAUAAACAUGCUGCACCCGUA